AUGGCUUCCAACAACGAAACCCGUAAGCCACGGAUGCGCGUUAUGAUGCCCCGUGAGGUUUUCCACUUCACCAUGCCAAAACCAGAAGAGUAUGAGCACAUGGAUGAAGAUGUUAUCUCUGAAUCUGAUGACGACUUUUCUAGUUCUUCUGUUCAUUCAAUUCGCGAUUCAUGUGUUACCUACGAAACUGAACAUGAUCAUGAGAUAUAUGGCCCACAAAGUGAUAAUUUGAGCUCUACCCAUCAUCAAGAUCACGAUCAUGAGUAUGAUGAAAUCCACGGCCCAGAGCCACUGUCUCCACCAAGAUGUGCAGCCCAUUUUGACUGCAAGUUGUGUUCGAAGAUGGCAACGGAGCCAGUGGUGACUCCAUGUGGUCAUUUAUAUUGCCGGGAUUGUCUGGACAAAUGGUUGCACUUCUUCACCUCUCAUAUGGAGUGCCCUGUUUGUCACAGUAAGGUGUUUGAUUCGUCCAUUGUUCCGAUUAAGCCAACGCCGGUAUGCAACAGAGACCAGAGUUAUGGCUUCAAUGUGCCACCACCAACACCAAAGGGGGGCCUUUGCUUUCGAAGAACUUUCAAUUAA